UCUGCGGUUCCAUCAUCAGGCCAUUCAUUGAUUAAUUUGACAUAAUUUGGCUUCCGGAUGGUGCUGGUCCGAAACGCUCUCUCACCCUGCUUGAAAUCGGGCUAUAGCGGCUUGCCGAUUGUUGCUACAUUUUGUGCACAAGCAAGAGCAGUUUCAUUGCAGAGAAGCAUCUAGAAACUGAAUUAAAACCUAAUGAUUUGCUCCGUCUGCUUUCCGCGAGCUGGGCACUGCAUGUGCACGAGGCGAUAAUUAAUUAUAAGCCUGUCAAAAUCGAAAAUGAAAUAGAUUUUUGCUAACUCGCAAAUAGCAGCAGCAGCAGCAGCAGCAGAAAGCGGAGCAGAUAGAGAGGACCAGAGAAAGAUAGAGCGUGAUAGAGACAGGGCGAGCGAGAACGUGAGUUUGUUUGGAACAUCGCACGAAUCGUAAAACGUGCGGAACGAACACAAAGGAAGAGGAACCUGGUGUGCGUGUGUGUACGUGUGUGUUAGUGUGUGUGUGUGUGUGCUGUUGGAAGCGCGGAGCAAAGUGGUGAGAAAAAAUUCAAGCCACCAGCUGUAAGCAAAAGAGGGAGAAAUAGCGAAGCAAGACAAAGAGGCAACGAAGUACGCGGCUUCCUCUCGACAGCAAUCGAAAAUUGGCAACAAAAAACCCCGUAUAUCUGCAAUAGCUGCUACUACUUCAACGUCGACGGCAGGGCCAAAGAUCUGUCCGCGACAUACAGCGUGCACGUCGCAUCUCGUCCAACCCGACCGAUCGGCUGACUGAGUGGGGAAGUUCUUCAACCCCAACAUCCCGGACGUCCAAUGUCAGAACCUCAGUCGUCCCUGCUGCUUAAGAAACAACUGGCGGAGCUGAGCAAAAAUCCUGUGGAAGGAUUUUCAGCCGGUCUGAUCGACGACAAUGACAUCUUCAGAUGGGAAGUACUCAUCAUUGGACCUCCAGAUACUCUAUACGAGGGCGGAUUCUUCAAGGCACACCUCCACUUCCCGAAGGAGUAUCCGUUGAGACCGCCGCGCAUGAAGUUCGUCACAGAGAUCUGGCACCCGAACAUCGACCGCAAUGGUGACGUUUGCAUCAGCAUCCUGCACGAGCCGGGCGAUGACAAGUGGGGCUACGAGAAGGCAUCGGAGCGCUGGCUUCCGGUGCACACGGUCGAGACGAUUCUAAUAUCGGUCAUCUCGAUGCUGGCCGACCCGAACGACGAGUCGCCGGCGAACGUGGACGCGGCGAAGGAGUGGCGAGAGGCGUAUCCGGAAUUUAAGCGAAAGGUAGCCCGGUGUGUUCGGAAGAGUCAGGAAGAUUGUUAGUAGCAUUUAUAAUACUUUUUUUUAAAUUGUCUUAUAUUUAUUAAUUAAUUAAUGUACGGAUUACACUUACCUAAAAUGAACGAAAGAAAGGCAUUGAAGGAUCAAGUAUCGCUAUCACGUCUACUACUAGUGUCACCAUUAUUCUUCUAUCCCACUAUCACCUACCGGUAUCUCUUACUGUUGCCAGUGUCGCUAUAUUUACCUUCUCGUACUAUGACGGUUCGCUACUACAACUGCACACACACACACACACACACACACACGUAUUGAUCAACGUCGAAACCUUUUUUUCACAAAAGAAAGUAUACUAUCAGGAAAACACGAACGCUUUUUUGUUUGGCGUGGUCGUCGUGCCUGUCACGCUGGUUGUGUGAGUUAACGGAAAGAAACUCCGUAGUGUGAUGGAUGAAGGUGAUCUGUACCAGUAAAGUUUAAACAGCCCCUUUUGUAUGGCCCUCCUUGCGUCUCCAGAAACGCUGCUAAUAAAAUGUGAAGUUGUAUGGACUGUGAUUGAGCGAGGAGAGCAUGCUUCACAUUUUGCAGCUGAACACAAUGUUAAGCACAGAUGCGAAUUAUAAGCCAAGCGUUGCGCAUGAAUCGCCGAUCACGGCUCUGUGUGUUACUUUUAUGCUUUAUUUCGGCUAUCUACGUAUAUGCUUGCGUCGUGAACAUUUCGCAAAAGUGACUGACACGGGAUUCAAAGCUACCUUCAGACGCAAUCCCCUAACGAACUGAGCGUUAUUAUUGUAUCUUUAAAAAAAUGAUAGCGCCUUUUUGCAGCAAAACAACACAAACUGAGCAGUGGUGUAUACUUUACGGGGGGUUGAGGACGACGAACAUUUGAUACUCAGGAACUUAAAACUACUACAACAACUUAUUACAAUUGCGCGAGGAACGGGAAAGAGAAUUAGAGAUGAUAAUGCGAUGAAAAGCAAAACAACGCAAAAUCAUCUUAAUUCUGGAUUGUGUGUAAUUUCCUCAAUGAGCGAUCCGGAAAGGCCGACAAAUAAGGAAAGCCCUGCAUAAUCAACGAAUCUAUCCGCUUUAUUGUGCUUACUGUGUGUGUAAACCCGGCUCAAAAAUCUACGUGCUUUCCUCUUUCCUAAAAAGAAAUUAAUUUGAAUGAGCUCCCGUCACGUUUCUACGUUGUAAAUAGCCCUGUUUUACAAGAUCACCCAACCUUUUUGAUUCGAUUGCUCGAUUCUACCUAACGUAUUUGCACCUAAAUAACUAAGGAGCCCCGGCGGUCAACGUGCACUCUGCUCUGGUCUGGACGUGCAGUGGUGGUCAGUGUGGGAAUGUAGACUGACAGCAGCAGCCAGCAGGGUCGUUCAGGAUAGGCAAAACACCAUGAUGAAUCCUGAACAUGAUUAGGCUUGUAAACACGUGGCAGUUACUAUGAUACAUGCGACCUAGGAGCUGACGUAUUACCUUAUUUCUAGAUGCGGUAGACCAUUAUCCCGUACUGAUUUAAAAUAACUACGCAACGCAAUACGAAUCAACAGCUACAUUUAAUCAUACUGAGGAAAUAAGAUGUAUUGUGUUUCAGACACACGUGCGAAUAAUGCAAUACUAAGCCGGCCAGAUGAUGCACUCAAACGGCAGGAUAGCAACGAUGAUUGAAGUUUAGAAAUAAAAAUAAUAAAGGCAGCUUAGGUAGGAAUAGGAAAGGAAAAAAAAGGUAUCGGCAAACGAGUUACGCAGUGGGUGGGUGAGAUUAUUGAUACCGAAGUGAUGAGUGUUGGGCAAAGAUCGUGCAUCUAAGCCUGUGUAAGAGUAGUGAAGUAAUAGAAAAACUAGCAAAAAACACAUAAAAACAGCAUAACAAUAAUAAACCCAAUGGCUACAGCAUAAAAGAACGAUCGAGCACUCAGACUGAUUCAGAAGUGAGUGCUAAAGAUGUAUUGUAUUUUCAUUCAUUUUGUGUUCAGUUUUUGUGUAUGAUCAGUACGUUCCUUUUGCGUUUACAGUUAGUUCAAAUACAGUUUUACAAAGGAAAAAAUAAUCUAUAAUUUUCCCUGUCCCAAAUACCCAACACCUAUGUAUGUGUCCUACAACUAUCUCUGUGAAGUGACGGACAACUACUGUGAGCGAAUAUGGGCUCACGCGUUAACAUUUAGGAGACACAUGCAUUGGCCGAUACCAUAAGUGAGACAAUUGUAAAACAAUUAAAAAAUACAAAUAAAGAUGAUCUACAUACAGCAGA